GGUCAACGUUAUCAGUAAAAGUUCAGAAUGUUCUUCACGUCAUUAGAAUAAGGGGAAAAAAACUCGAACUGUCGAAUAAUAUAAUAAUCGUUUAGAAUGAAAUUUGUUCGCGAUGCUUUGAAAUAGUCGAUCGUACGCGUUACCGUUUCGUGUGAGUACGUUCGCGAAUGGUCGUACCCGUCGCAAACAGACGACUAUCGAACAAAACAUUAGGGUGAAAAACAAUGGCUAUGUUAACGUCUGGUGAGUAUACGUUGAUUAAAAAGAAGGCAGUGGACGGAGAGAAGUCGAUGUUAUUCGUGAAACUGACAGAUUCGGCGUUACGAGCGUUGGAUAAUUAUUUAAAGAACUGCGAUAAACUCGAUUCGCCAGCCAUCGAAUUCAACAACGACGAAGGACGCUUGUUGAUUCCAACAUGCCAGAAAGAUAACGCGAAAACGGAUAAAUUAGCUCAAUUUAAGUUUAAUGUCACUAGUAACGAAAUAAUGCAAGGUAGGCAAGGCCGUCUAGAAUGCAUCCAGCAUAAGAAAGGCAACAAACAAUUAGUCAAAUUAGGACAAUUAACGCAUAGACUGAGAGUACACGCCAACGAAGACGUCUACGAGACGACCAAGAAUCGUAUGGCGGCCAUAGAACAAGAACAAAGGAAAAACUGUACCGUUCUGCUGGACAGAAAUUCGCCUCAAAUGAAUCGUCGCAAUAGACUGGAUCGUUUAGCCAAACCUAACUCUUCGUCGCCAUCGCUCGCUAAACCGAAUUCGUCGUUGUCGUCGUUGUCGCAGUCGCAGACGCCGUCGCCUCAGACGACGCCAACCAACGACGAAGCUAAACCGAUAACUGUGCCAGAAACAAAUAUGGUUAGAAAUAAGAGUCGUCCGAUUACCAGUACGUUGCCUUCGAAGCUGAGCGCUUCGUGUAUGAUUAGAAAACCGCUCAAAGAUCGUAUUACUCAUUUAUUAGCUUUACGACCUUAUAAAAAGCUCGAAUUGAUAUCGGCGCUCGAAAAAGACGGUAUACGUAAAUGCGAUAAACCUUGUUUAUCGGAAACGCUCACGUCGGUGGCUACAUUACGCGAUAAUACCUACCAUUUAUCUAAACACGCCUGGAACGAUGUACAAGAAGACUGGUAUUUUUACACGGACGCUGAAAGACAGCAGAUUAAACGAGCUAAAUCACGUAUGCUGACGUCGCCGUGCAGCAGCGAUAGCGGUAUCUCCGUCAGUUCGAAUCAUUCGCCGAAUCCUAGCGUUACAGCCGGAGCAGCGCCUCCGCCUUCCAUCGAUAACUCGCCUUCGAACGCUUACAAAAGACCAGGAUAUUUCAACGGCGUCGACGGUUUCCAAACGAAACGUCAACGAAUAUCGCACUACAUCAAACCAGAACCUGGCUCGGUUUCUACGAAACCAGCUCCGAUCGAAGAAAAUGCUCAUACUCGCACCAAUAACGCUUGCUUCGACGAACUAAACUCGGCCAAGUCAGCUCCCGAUAGACCACACAACAAAGCAUACAGCUCGUUCAAAUAUUCGCCCGAUUCGCCGGAUACCAGCGCCGAGUCUGUGAAAUCCGGCCUGGAUAAACCAGCCUCGAAACUGGGUUCGUUUUAUUCGCCCGAAUCGCCGCUCGAUACCGAACAACCUAAACCAAUACCUUCGGUUGUGAUCACCAGUCCUCCUGCGGCAGCUUCGCUCGGUAACGGCGUUACUUCGUCGUUGGACCAUAAACCAUCGUUAUACUCUCCUGCCAAGUCCAAGGUAUCCGAUAUCAAGGGCCCGAAACCAAAGUACAUGAAGGAGUAUAUUACCAUUACCAGUAUGGAACAACGACGCCGAUACAAGUCCGACUUUAAUUCCAUAUUCAAAGAAUACCAACGCGUUCACGAGGAGAUCGACUCGAUUAGUAAUACGUUCGCUCAACUCGGCGAGUCGCUCAGGCAGCAUACAAAAGGCACCCCCAAAUACGCUAAAAUAGAACAAGAGAUCCUUAAAAAGUAUCACGAAAUCAAAAGCAGCAAGAAAUUUCAAGCUGCUAAGCUGCGUUUCGAAUACCUGCACGAGAAAUUAUCGCAUAUCAAAAAUCUCGUACACGAGUACGACGAGAAAUUUUUAAAAUAAUCGCCGCCAUUUUUGUUCGGGGGAUAUAAAAAAAAUUCGUUAUUACAGAAGAGACUCGACCUCUUUAAAAAGUAUUAAAAAUUACAUCACACCCUUAUUUUUUCAGCCACUUUAAAAAAGAUAUGACCGCAGUCAAUUCGGACACACGUUCGUAUACGUAAUUCGGACUUUCUAUUUUUCUCUCUCUCUCUUUCAUGUCCUGAACGUCGUUGUUGUUGUUAUUAGAUUAUGAUUACUACUUUAAGCAGCUCUACUAUCUAUACGUAAGACGAAUGUUGUUAUACACUUACACACUUCAUUUAACUCGCCAAAUUACUACAUACUAUCGAAUAUUAAACCGCAUUCUACUAUGCUAGGGGUCUAGGGAUACUGGUUAUUCGUAUAAAUGAAAAAAAAAAAUUAUCGAUAGAAAAAAAAUUGUACGAUAUUUAAAAAAAAAAAUUUUUAAUGUAUAGAAUUAAUGUGAAUUUUUUUUUCUUUCCUUUUUUUCUCAUUUUAUCAUGUAUUCCAGUUUUGUACUUAAUAAAGUAUUUCAAUCGUG